AUGUCUGGUGGCUUUCAGGAUGGUGUGAGGUCAAGUUCAAACAGUCGGAGUGGCAGCCAUGAUCGACAUGAGGAGCACACGGACACAUCAGAUAGCGAGUCUUUCUCUCUGCAGGUCCGCAAGCUCAACCAGCAGCCUCAGAUCCGCAAGCCGGGUGAACGGGGCUAUGAUCCCAACAGAUACCGGCUGCACUUCGAGCGGGAAAGCAGAGAGGAAGUGGAGCGGAGGAAAAAGAUUGCCCGGGAGAAAAUCUUGGAACCGGUGCCAGAAACCGAGACAGAAGUGGACAUAGAAGAUGUUUACAAGACCGGAUCAGUACUUGAUUUUCCCAAACGUCCCCCUUGGAAUUACCAAAUGAACAAGGAUCAGUUGUUCGCCCGAGAGGAGAAAUGUUUCCGGGAAUAUCUAGAGAAUAUCUAUAGUACAUUCCAGCCCAACCAGUUGAGUUACUUUGAGCACAAUCUGGAGACAUGGAGGCAGCUAUGGCGUGUAUUGGAGAUGUCAGACAUUGUGUUGCUUAUUACAGACAUUCGGCACCCGGUCAUCAACUUCUCUCCAGCUCUCUAUGAGUUUGUCACCAAGCAGAUGAAGAAAAACCUCAUCUUAGUACUGAACAAGAUUGAUUUAGCCCCACCAGCCCUGGUGGUGGCCUGGAAGCAUUAUUUCAAGAGCCGGUGCCCUGAGAUCCACGUGAUCUGUUUCACUUCUUACCCACAGCAAGACCAAGAUCCCAGUGCGG